AUGAACCAGUCGGGCCACACAAUCGCCUAUGAUAGUGGCGUUGACAUUCUCAACUACCGAGGGCAUGUCCCACUGUUAGAGGCGUUGGAAUUGACGGAAGAACAGGUGCCCGAGGUCCUGAGUCAGGUCGAUGAGGAUCCUUGUAAGUUUCUUCAGUUUUAUAGCCUGAACUUUACAAAUUCCCUUCACUUUUAACAUACAUAAAUUCCACGUAUUUCCAGACCAUGCCGCGGGCCACAUGUACUUCGAAUUCACCGUUGGCUCCAUUGCUCUCAUGGCCAAUGCGAUACUCUUUCUGAUUAUGCGCCGACACCGCAAACAACUACCAUCCCUUGUCUUCAUCCUUCAGCUGGCGAUGUCUGUGGACAUUUUCCUUUCCAUGGCCACAAUGGCUUGCCAGCCGGUGAUCAAUGUGACCUACGGGUAUUUUGCUUGCUAUUGCGGGAAUGCCUUCCUCCCCAAUAACAUUGGGCUGCGAUCAGUCUUGAUGGUAAUGCAGGGAACGGGAAUUAUGUCCACAGUGAUUUGGCUGCCCAUUCAGUUUGCUUAUCGAUAUCACUACGUUGUUCAGUAAGUUUUCCAGGUUGAUUUGGACAUUCAUAUGAGCAUUUGUUUACUGAUUUCCUGUGAAAGUGUGGCUUCAUUUUGCCAUCGAAAGGCUCUGUCGCGGCCAACGCGCCUCCUUGUUUCUGCAAGGUCGGCGUUGUUGGUUGCGCAAUCGAAACUCGGUAUAAAAGGGCUCGCGAUCCGUAUUCAGGGAGAGAGUUUGGAAUGGGAGCAAGCAUGGUCGUCUCCUUUCGAAGACAAUAAAGACACCAUGAGAUAUUUGGGGUUGUUCUAGAAGGUGUAGGGGAUGCGGAGAGCCGGGUCGUGGAAGACGGUGAGAUACCCGUGUCCUCAUCAGGACCAGGGUCAAUCCAUCGUACCCCCACAGAAAAGGGUGGUUACAUCUGGAGGUCCCACCGAGAUGGCUGGGAUAUCUGAAGUCCUGCCAACUUGGUUGGGAAACACCCACCGCCACCGCAUCUCCGAACUUAGUAUUUCUAUUGUUAAACUACUUUUCUACGGUGUUUUGAAUUGUGUUUGAAUCGAUGGAAAUGGAACAACAAGGCAACUCGUCUCUCUCCAAGUUCGAAGGACGUCAAAGAACUGUAAGUUGGGUCAUAGUGUAACCGCGAGGAGAGUUCCCCCUUUUUGGCAUAAUUUUUUUUUCAAAGUCGUUACCUUUUUGUAGUCCCCCAUAUACCAUUUGUUGGUACCUUUAUUUUUUUCCGGCCGGAGCGAUAUCCCCUAGUAAGCAGCUCAAAAGGUGAAGGCUCGUUAUUCACCAGUCCGAAUUUUCUGCAUAGUUUAUCAUUUUUCCUCGACCAGUUGUCGAUUCCCCGUGGCCGUAACGACUAAUUUUUGAACUCUCCUGUUCCAAAGGUGUAGGGACACCUGAGGUCUUUCGUAUAGGGAAGCUACAUCCCCCAUCUUUUCGUCACAUCUCGUUAUGCGACCGGACUCGCUCUGAGGCGAUUUGUGGCUGGGUUUGCGAGAGAAUGGCUCCGCAUUUCCUGGUUUUGUUUUUCAUCAAAUAUUAGGGACUGGGAUAUCGUUACUUUUCUUCCCCUUUCUUUCGUAGCUUCCUGAACGCGGCAGUGAUUAUAGGAAUUAAAAUACCCCUCACACUCAAAAUUUAAUAUUCCGAGGGAGCCCCAUUUGAGGUAGAGCAAAAUGCUUCUUGGCCACCAUAACAAAUACUACAUGACCUUUACCCCUAGAGUUAGCCGGACAAAUAUCACUUCUCCCAGUGUUGAUCACAAAAGAGCUUGCUUGAUCACCAAGUCACUAGGAUCUUCACACGUCGACAGAAAACAAGAUCGACAUUUUUUCUUCAUGUAGAGACGUCUACAACUUGUCUUGUCCAAAAUUCUCUUUCAAAGCUUCAACACUGACAACAAUUUUCCUCAAAGUUAAUGAUCGAGGAGAACUUUCGGUAAUCUUACUUUCAAAAUUCAAAUUUCAUCAAAAACCCUCUCAAACACUUUGAGUUAAAAUUUUGUCAGCAGCUUACUCUUCUAAAAAUUUUGGAUUUUCACCAUCUCUCUAACAACGGAAAUUUUAUCAUUUUUUGAAUACGAUUAGGUUUUUCCUUGAGCACUCCUUUUGCGCACUUUUUUUUCUCUGGUUUGUUUGAUGUCGCCUCCAGCUACCGCAUUCUCGCACAGGUCAGCUUGAUUUGACUCAAGGCUAUUACGCCAUUGUUGGGAAACGCCCGUGACGCAAUUCGAACUCUAAUCGAAGAACGCGCGAAGCGAUCGACGCAGAAGAUCAGCAGAAGAACAUCAUGAAAGGAAAGGACGCUGAGAACGAAUUUCUUAAGGCAUUUGGAAAAAUUUUGGCUCAGGAUAUUGGGACGAAAUCUUGGAUUGAACCAUCGAAUGCAAUGUUUGCUGCACCCACUAUUUCACUCACGUCGACAACAAUCUGCACCAUCUCACAUAAACGUCUUGCAUUCAUCCUCAAUUCUCUGUCCUCGAUAUACCUUAGUUUCAGGAGUUUUAUCAUUUAGCCAAAUAUUUCGACGCGGUCGCCGAAAACCACCGAGCCGGGGAGGCGAAGGAGUCCAUCCAACCUCAUGUCCACCUCUACCGUGCCGCGAUCCACUUCGAACCUCCAGCCCAUGUUCCAGCAGCCUAGCCAGUAUAAGAGUCUUCGAAAACCCUUUGAGUAAUCAUUCAUUGUAAUUUGCCGUUGUCCAAUUCUUUGUCUUACCUUCAUCUGUCUUCGCGACGGCGACACCGAAGCAUUCCGAACCUUGAGAUUCGCCUUAACUCUAUAUAUAAUACAGUGGUCUAAGACCAAAAUAUAUCACCGAGCAGAGCUCUCAGAAGCCACACGCUCAUGGUGCUUGUAUUUAUAUAUUACAGCUAAUAUAUUAUACUCCAGAAGUCUUCAAGAAUUCAGGUUUGUAGAAGUAGCCAGUCGUCGCAUGUCUUUGUUUUGUAUUAUUGUUAUUAUUGGUUUUAUUGUACUUUGAAUUGUUUUAUUUUCAAACGGCCUUUCAUCUCCAGGACCAGCUCAAUCAGCGAUGCGGUCAUCGCUAGUCCGGCCGGGGGAAGAUGUCGCGGCCAACGCGCCUCCUUGUUUCUGCAAGGUCGGCGUUGUUGGUUGCGCAAUCGAAACUCGGUAUAAAAGGGCUCGCGAUCCGUAUUCAGGGAGAGAGUUUGGAAUGGGAGCAAGCAUGGUCGUCUCCUUUCGAAGACAAUAAAGACACCAUGAGAUAUUUGGGGUUGUUCUAGAAGGUGUAGGGGAUGCGGAGAGCCGGGUCGUGGAAGACGGUGAGAUACCCGUGUCCUCAUCAGGACCAGGGUCAAUCCAUCGUACCCCCACAGAAAAGGGUGGUUACAGCUCACUCUGCCUAUACCUAUAGUCUGAACCUGAUUCAUUGGCAAAAAACGUAUCAUUUUGCAUCCGGGAAACAUAAAAAAUGUGGCAAAAUGCUUCCCUCUGCAAAUGAAAAAGACUCACAUUUCAAAAGCGCGCCCGCUCUUUUUGCGAGGGAAAAGGUGUGCCCUGCAAAACGGCGUUUUUUUGUUUGGAGAGGGAGGCAUUUUACCACAUUUUUGAUGCUUAUCGGGUGCAAAAUGGUACGUUUUUAUCACUGGAUAAUCCGUCAUUUUAGCUGGUCUGUCGGGAAAAUAAUGAGAUAUCAUUGCGGAGAUCACUGAAGUGGAAAGCAAUUUGAUUUUGCCGCGAUACAGUUCAUUUUCUCUGCGGCGAUACACUUUUCAACGUGACAUUUCCUCUUUAUUUUCCCGACAGACUACUAUUGAUAGCUUUUUAAUGAUAUGCAACCUAAAACUAAAACUUUUCAGAGGUCAGCCGCCCUCCGUGAAACGUCAAUCAGUAUACUUCUUCUUCUCAUUGUCCGGCUUCUUCGCCGUGAUGUACAUAAUGUCGGAAAUGCACAAGCCGAACCCGACCUUCCGCGAGCUUGCUCGCCUCCUAUUCUACGUUGAUGGUUGGGGAACACGAGCCGACCAAGACUUCAUGGGCGGCGGAAUUGGGGAGCUGCGAGUGUGGAUGUUUGGAGGGUACAAUGCAAUGACCACGACGGUAGCGUAUGGGUUUGUUAUCAUGCUGGAGUUGAAAAUCAUGAAGGCUUUGAACGAGAUGCAAAAAGGACGCCUUCUGAAAGAGGCGAUUGAUAUUAAUCGUGCGUUGACGGCAUUGGUAAGCCUCUUUUUUUGUCUCUGGUCUAGUGGCAAAAAAAGUACCAUUUUGCAUUCAAAAACGCUGCAAAAUACCUCAUUUUCCAAACAGAAAGAUUCCGAUUUCAAUAGCGCGCCUGCUCUUUUUGCGAUUGAAAGUGCACGCUCUUCAAAACGUAAUUUUUUUUUGUCGGAGAGGGAGGUAUUUUGUUGCGUUUUUGAUACUUCCCGGAUGCAAAAUGAUAGGUUUUUUACUACUAAGAUCAUGUCCGCCACUGUAUGUCCUUAAACCUUUGCCCUAAAUUUAAAUUCACCCAUUUUCAGGCGCUAGUUCCCUUGUUAACGGCAGUCUUUCCAAUCAUGCUUUACAUGAUGACAAUGUUCGCUUGUAUCGACCCCGGUCAGGUGAUGAUCAAUGCAACGUUUACGUUGUCGUUGCCGCCCGUUUUGAAUCCAAUAACGACAAUUGCGUUGAUCAAGCCAUAUCGGCGGACAUUCUUGAGAUGGAGUCGUCUGAAGCAUGUCAUUCCCAUCAAAGUAUCAACAGUGUCUUCCGAUUACACUACGACGAAGAAUACACCCAACACAAAGACCUCAAAGCAAAGGGGUAACAAGGAAGUCUUCUAA